CAACAAUCUCACAUUCCUUUUUAGUAAAAAUCUCCCAUGGACGACAACGUACAGAUCCGUAAGAACGUCAAGCUAUGUUAUCAUUACCUCAUCACUCACUUUUUAAAGCUCUUAUUUGUCGCUUCGCUGACGGUUCUGGUCAUGAACGUCUCCCGGUUAAGCCUAAACCACCUUGCAUUCAUCUUCCUCGUCUUCGUUCUCGGAACCACUCUCUUCUUCAUGUCCCGACCAAGAUCAGUUUACCUUGUUGAUUACUCCUGCUACCUCCCUCCGUCGAGUCUCCAAUUUACCUACGAAAAAUUCAUGAAACAUUCUAUACUGACUAACAUUUUCAACGAAUCAUCUCUCGAGUUUCAGAGCAAGAUCCUGAAACGAUCAGGUCUCGGCGACGAGACUUACCUACCGGAGGCUAUCCACUACGUCCCUCCGCGUCCCACUAUGGCCGCGGCGCGUGAGGAAGCGGAGCUGGUGGUGUUCGGUGCACUCGACAGUCUCUUCGAGAACACCAAAGUCAACCUUAAAGAGAUAAGUGUUGUUGUCGUGAACUGUAGUUUGUUUAACCCUACACCUUCUUUAUCAGCCAUGAUUGUGAACAAGUAUAAGCUUAGAGAGAACGUGAAGAGCUUUAACCUAGGAGGAAUGGGAUGUAGUGCUGGUGUCAUCGCCGUUGAUCUAGCUAAUGACAUGUUACAGUUAUAUAGAAACACUUACGCUCUUGUGGUUAGCACGGAGAACAUAACUCAGAACUGGUACUUUGGUAAUAAGAAAGCCAUGUUGAUACCUAACUGCUUGUUUAGGAUUGGUGGCUCCGCGGUUCUUCUCUCUAACAAGAGUUGUGAUCGUAAACGUUCCAAGUAUAAGCUUGUUCACACGGUAAGGACUCAUAAAGGAUCUGAUGAGAAAGCGUUCAACUGCGUGUAUCAAGAACAAGACGAGACUUUGAAAACAGGUGUUUCUUUGUCUAAAGACCUGAUGGCUAUAGCUGGAGAAGCUCUUAAGACGAAUAUCACCACUUUGGGUCCUCUCGUUCUUCCCAUGAGCGAGCAGAUUCUCUUCUUUGCGACUUUUCUUGUGAAUAAACUGUUUAAUGCUAAGAAGAAGAUGAAGCCUUACAUGCCGGAUUUCAAGCUUGCGUUUGAUCAUUUCUGUAUACACGCGGGAGGUAGAGCCGUGAUCGACGAGCUAGAGAAGAGUUUAAGGCUUUUGCCGAAACAUGUGGAAGCGUCGAGAAUGACGUUGCAUAGAUUUGGUAACACUUCAUCGAGCUCUAUAUGGUAUGAGUUGGCUUAUACGGAAGCUAAAGGAAGAAUGAGGAAAGGGAACAGGGUUUGGCAGAUUGCUUUUGGAAGUGGGUUUAAGUGUAACAGCGCGGUUUGGGUGGCUCUUCGAGAUGUUGAGCCAUCGGUUAAGAAUCCUUGGGAAUAUUGCAUCCAUAGAUAUCCCGUUAAGAUUGAUCUCUGAUUUGACAAGAACCGGUGGAUUGGUUUGUAAAUAUGGUUAGUCCUCCAUGUACCAGAAGACUUGCUCUUCUUAUAUCCAUUACUAUUCGGUAAAAAAAAAAAAAAAUCAACUGGGUAAAUGUAUGUAUAUAUGUGUGUUUAAAGGUAGUAGCACAUAAAUUUACCAAAAGAAUUAAAACAAAAUAAUGAAAUAAAAUUCCAAGAAUUUCUUGGAAACUGGAAAUAUAAU